AUCUUGAGAUACUAUAAGAUCAUCAUUCAUUCAUCAAUCGGUGCUGCAAAAUUAAACUCUACACAGUAUCAGAAUCGUAACUUUCUUUUCCUCCAUUAACGCUCAAAGUAACAAAGUUCUUUACUUUCCUUCAUCUUUUCCACAGCACCAAGCAAAAAUCUCAUUCCAUUCUUCUCAACUCUUCUAUUCUAAUUCCCUCUUCACAUAAAAACACCAAAAAUCCAAACACAAACAAAAACACAAACAAAAAAAAAAAAAAAAAAACAUGAUGCUAAGAAUCCGAAGCCGCGAUGGUCUAGAACGAGUAAAAAUCGAUAACCCAAACACAACAACAGUUUCAGAACUGAAAUCAAUCAUCGAAAAACAAUUACGUAUUCCAACACAUAACCAAACCCUAUCAAUUAACCAAAACCUUUUACUAGCUAAAUCACAACAAGAUCUUCUUCGAUUCACCGAUAUGUCAAACCCUAACACUCCUUUAACAGCGUUAAACCUUUCUCACGGUUCAAUUCUCUUUCUAGCUUACGAAGGUGAACGUAACGUUCCCGGUCCAACCGCUUUUAGUCCUGCCGGUUCAUUCGGUCGAAAGAUGACUAUGGAUGAUCUUAUCGCUAAACAGAUGCGUGUUUCUAGACAAGAGAAUCCGCAUUGUGAAUUGGUUUCAUUCGAUCGCGAUUGCGCCAAUGCGUUUCAACAUUAUGUUAAUGAAACCCUUGCUUUUGCUGUUAAAAGAGGUGGGUUUAUGUAUGGGACUGUUUCUGAGGUUGGUAAGGUUGAGGUUGAUUUUAUAUACGAACCGCCACAACAAGGUUCGGAGGAGAAUCUCGUGUUUUUUAGGGAUCCGGAGGAAGAGAAAUAUGUGGAAGCGAUUGCGGUUGGGUUAGGAAUGAGAAGGGUUGGGUUUAUUUUUACUCAGACUGUGAGUCAGGAUAAAAAGGAUUAUACUUUAUCUUAUAGGGAAGUGCUUCAGGCUGCUGAGUAUCAUGCUGAGAGUGGAUUGAAGGAAUGGGUUACCGCGGUUGUGAAGCUUGAGGUGAGUGAGGAAAUGGGUGGUGCUGAUGUUCAUUUUGAAGCUUUUCAGAUGAGUGAUGUGUGUAUUAGGUUGUUUAAGGAAGGUUGGUUUGAUACUGAGAUUAAGGAAGAUCAUGAUCCUAAGUUGUCUAUUAUGAAAAAGGAUGUUGUUGUUGGCGUUAAGGAUACUAAAGAGGUUGAUAAUGAUUUCUUCUUGGUUGUUGUCAAAAUCUCUGAUCAUCAGGGACCUCUUUCAUCAGCAUUUCCCGUUGAGAACCGGAAUACUCAAGUGACCGCGCAGGCGCUGAAGAAUCAUCUUGAACGGACUAAAAAUCUUCCAUUUGUGAAGCGAAUUUCAGAUUUUCAUCUCCUCCUUGUAUUAUCGAGGGUGUUGGACGUGUCUGCUGAUGUUCCUGCAUUGACAGAAUGUGUGCAGACACAAAGUGCCGUACCAGAAGGUUACCAGAUCCUUAUUGAGUCCAUGGCUAGCGCUGCUUGAUGCUGUGUGCAGGUGCUCGGGGCUCAUGCAGGACCAUAACAAAUGAAUCAUGCUCUAUAUGUCCGGGUCCUUGGCAGUAAUGUAGUGCAUGUAUUCCUAUUGCACACACAAUGUUUAUAUGUCGAUUACUUAUACAUUACUUCUCGUGGCAUUGCUGCAGAAAUGAGCUGAUAUUGUGAUCCACUUAUGUUAGUGUUUAAAUUUAUUGGAGAUAGCACUUAUGAUGAUUCACUAUUUUAUGUGCAAUGAUACUACAAAUAAUGGUAUUUAGACUAUUAAAACA